GGGAGACUCCCAGGCACCGCGCCCGCGAGCAGAGGCUGCACCCAGGAUCCCCGGCUGCAGGGACCGGAUUCCCGAAGCGGAGGCCAGAGCAGCGCGGAGACACGCGCGCUCCUCCACCCCCACUCUGCACCUGUCCCCUCUGCCACUCACCCACAUUCCCUAGCCCAGUGGACAGGAGGAGCAGAUGCAAGACCUACUUGGUGAGACAGGAUGGAGGGGCCUGUGUUAACACUGGGACUGCUGGCCACCCUGGUUGUGUGUGGCUGCUGGGGUCUAAAUGAGGAGGAGCGGCUGAUCCGGUACCUGUUUACGGAGAAGGGCUACAACAAGGAGCUCCGGCCUGUGGCUCACAAAGAGGACAGCGUGGACGUCUCACUGGCCCUCACCCUCUCCAACCUCAUUUCUCUGAAAGAAGUCGAGGAGACUCUCACCACUAACGUGUGGAUUGAGCACGGCUGGAUGGACAGCCGGCUGCAGUGGGAUGCCAAGGAUUUUGGGAACAUCAGCAUCCUGCGCCUGCCCCCUGACAUGCUGUGGCUCCCAGAGAUUGUGCUGGAGAACAACAAUGACGGCUCCUUCAAGAUUUCCUACUCCUGCAACGUGCUGAUCUAUCCAUCAGGCUAUGUGUACUGGCUGCCACCUGCCAUCUUCCGCUCUUCCUGUCCCAUCUCCGUCACUUACUUCCCCUUUGACUGGCAGAACUGCUCCCUCAAGUUCAGUUCGCUCAAGUACACGGCCAAGGAGAUCACCCUGAGCCUGAAGCAGGAGGAAGAAGAUGGCCGCUCAUACCCGGUGGAGUGGAUCAUCAUCGACCCUGAGGGCUUCACAGAGAACGGGGAGUGGGAGAUAGUGCACCGGCCAGCCAGGAUCAACAUGGACCCCAGUGCCCCGCUGGACAGCCCCAACCACCAGGACAUUACCUUCUACCUCAUCAUUCGCCGAAAGCCACUCUUCUACAUCAUCAACAUCCUGGUGCCCUGCGUGCUCAUCUCCUUCAUGAUCAAUCUGGUCUUCUACCUGCCAGCCGACUGUGGAGAGAAGACGUCAAUGGCAAUCUCAGUGUUGCUGGCACAGUCUGUCUUCCUGCUCCUCAUCUCCAAGCGGCUGCCGGCCACAUCCAUAGCCAUCCCCCUCAUCGGCAAGUUCCUGCUCUUUGGCAUGAUACUGGUGGCCAUGGUCGUGGUGAUCUGUGUCAUCGUGCUCAACAUCCACUUCCGCACGCCCAGCACCCACGUGCUGUCUGAGGGGGUCAAGAAGCUUUUCCUAGAGACCCUGCCCAAGUUCCUACACAUGUCCGUCCCAGAGGAGGACAGCCCCGGCCCUGGGGCCCUGGUCCGGAGGAGCAGCUCCCUGGGUUAUAUCUCCAAGGCCGAGGAGUACUUCUCGCUCAAGUCCCGAAGUGACCUCAUGUUCGAGAAGCAGUCAGAGCGGCACGGGCUGGCCCGGCGCCUCACCACAGCACGCCAGCCCCCUGCAGGCUCUGAGCAGGCCCAGCAUGACCUCUUCAGUGAGCUGAAGCCAGCUGUGGAGGGGGCCAACUUCAUCGUCAACCAUAUGAGGGAUCAGAACAACUACAAUGAGGAGAAGGACUGCUGGAACCGGAUAGCCCGCACAGUAGACCAACUCUGCCUGUUUGUGGUGACGCCCAUCAUGGUGGUGGGCACGGCCUGGAUCUUCCUGCAGGGGGCCUACAACCAGCCCCCAUCCCAGCCUUUCCCCGGGGACCCCUUCUCCUACCUGGAGCAAGACAAGCGUUUCAUCUAAAGGGCUUCCCUGCCUGGGUUGGCCCAGCUCCCCGGGCAGCUUCGGUGGGGCUUUGUGCCUGAAAGGGAUGGGCCUUCAGGGGUGGCAGUAGCUGUGUGGACAGGGGUGCCUGAGAAAGGACAAGCUCCUCUUAGGGAGGCAAAUCCUGGCCCUGAGACUUGAGCCAAGUUGGUUCUGCACGGCUGAGGUGGAGAUGAGCUGUGCCUCCUGAGACAAGGAAAGGCGAAGCCCCACUCCUCAAUAAAGACAGGAGCCACUGAGAAGGUCUGAGAGUGGACACUGGCUGGUGGGUGGGUCAGGACAACUUUUGGGGAGAUAGGGGCCUGACUCAAGGGCCAGGGAAAAUGUCAUUCAGGCUGAUCUUUUGGGACCCUUCUGUGAGAAAAACAGUGGCCUCUUCUUGCCUCCCCUUCCUCUAGGUGGGGGUAGAGCGGGUGGGCUCCUGUGCCCUCACUUCCUGGUUCCUACAGCUGUCAACCCCUCAGCCUUGGCUUCUGAGGCCCCCUAGAGCCUCCUUUUCCAGAUCCCUUAGGGAAGGAGGUUUUGGGCAGAGGUGGGAGCACCAAUGUUUCAGAAUGUCCUUCCCAGUUCUUUCUGCUUUGGCCAUUCUGUCUGGGUCCAUGUGGGGAGCUGAGGACUCGGGUAGGAGAAUUGGGCCCAGCAGCUACAGAGGCCAGAGGUCAGCCCAUCAACCUCAGCUCACAUGAGCUACCCUAGGGCCCCAGAUCUCAGCCCUCCCCCAGAGUAUCCCCUUAUGGUCACCUAUUCCUCUCCUCCAAAGUAGGGUUGCCUGGCAAAACUAAAAAAUUAUUCAUAUUUAUCUGAAAUUCAAAUUUAACUGUGCAUUUUAUAUAUUUACUAGAGGCCCGGUGCACGAAAUUCGUGCAUGGGGCAAGGGGUGUCUCUCAGCCCGGCCUGCACCCUCUCCAAUCUGGAACAUUCCCCCUCACAAUCCGGGACUGCUGGCUCCUAACCAUUCGCCUGCCUGCCUAUCUGAUUGCCCCUAACUGCUUCUGCCUGCCAGCCUGAUCGCCCCCGACUGCCCUCCCCUGCCAGCCUGGCCGCCCCCAACGGCCCUCCCCUGCAGGCCUGUUCGCCCCCAACUGCCCUCCCCUGCUGGCCAUCUUGUGAUGACAUGAAGGUGUCGUGUGAGGGCACGAGGACCACCUAGGCUUUUAUUAGUAUAGAUUUGCUAAAUCUGGCAACUUUACCCCAAAGGGAACUUCCAUCAACCUUAUCCUAAGGGCCAAAGGCUGAAACUGGAAGAGCUGGAGGAGGUUCUGUGAGGUACCCCACCUCCAGGACGGCCCCAGUGAUCCCCACCUCCUGUCCUCAUACCCUCAUGUAGUGCCAUACCAGGAUUGGUCUGGGUGACCAAUAGAAUGAGGCAGGAGUGAUGGCAUGUCACUUCCGAGGUUAGGUUAUAGAAGACAUCAAAGUGCCCCCACCUUGCCCUGCUCUUGUCCCACUCCUUCACUCUCACUCUCACUCACUCUCACGCUCACAUGGGGAAACCAGGAGGCAUGAUGAGCACCCUAUGGAGAGGCACACGGCAAGGAACUGAGGCCUCCUGCCAACAGCCGGCCACUGGGUGAACUUGGAAGUGGGUCCUCCAGCCCCAGUAGGACCUUGGACAAGAUCACACGCCCCACGACAACCCCUGAGCCAGAGCCGCCCAGCGCAGGUGCUCCUGGUUCCUGACCCCCAGAAGCUGUGGAGACAAUAAAAGUUUGUUGCUUUAAGAGACAAAACUUUGCGUAG